UAAGUUUCCCCUUCUCUAGAUGCCAAAUCUUGUCCCUCGCACUAUCUUGAGUCUCUUGACCAAGAAACCCACUCUCGGACGUCUUGGGCUCACGCCCACCGAGCACACGUUUUCUUAGUUCCGUCACGAUCCAUUAUUGCAACCUCCCCUAAUAUCGUCAAAUCAAGUGUAAGGGUACAUUUCACAAAGCCCCCCUCGGAACUUUCGGACGUUUCCUUCGGAACCCUCCUCGACGUUAGACCCGCUUUAAAUUUUAAGGCGUCUCACGUAACCUCCUCUAUAAACUUGUCUUUCCAUUAACACCGUUAGAGGGGCCGUUGGGGCAAUCCGGAAGUUGGGAGGGUUUUGUGAGACGCCCCAGAACUCGAGGUGUUUUGUGGAAUGAAAAAAGUUCAGGGGGUUUUGUGAAAUUUUCCUUCCAAGCUAUAAAUGCCUUAUCCUCUUCUUAAUUACAUCUCUAGACAAUUUACUCUCUAUCAAUGGAUAGUAAUCAAGAUUACCAAGAAGUCCCCCAUCUCACGGAAGAGACUGGGGAUUCUGAGGCCAUUUUGGAGCUCAAGUCUUACCAUGAUGAUUAUGAUGAUGAUGGUAAUUAUGAUUAUGAUGACGAUGAUAGAGAGUCAUGCAAUGGUGGUUGUAAUUUUAACGGUGUGAGCGACGACUACGACGACGACGAAGAUGAAGCUGAGGAGGAGAUGACAUGGUCGACAUGGGUGACGACGGCGAGGUCUGAGCGGAGGAAGAGGGGGGAGGAGGAGGAGGAGAGGUCGCCGGCGGUAGUGGAUGAGGAGGAGAAUCGAUUGUUUUGGGAGGCUUGCUUAGCUUCUGGUUUUCCUUGAUGACUUUGUGCUUUGUGAAUAAUAUUAUGCUUUUUUUUCCUUUUUUUUUUCCUGAUGUGAAGGAUUGUUAUACACUUUGAUUUCUAUUCUUUGGUCAAAUUAGGGGCUGUU